AUGAAUGACGGCCGAUAUAAGUAUAAUGCUGAUGGAACGCUCAUAGUCAAUGAUCUCUCUGCAAUUGAAAUCCUUUUGACCGAAGUGUCGUCUGGAUAUGGCUCAAAUGAGACUGGUAAAAUAAGUUUUGACCAUUAUAAAGCCAUGUGUGGUAUGUUGGCAAUGAUACGAACAGUGGCGCAGUUAUACGACAAAGCCUCAUUCAACACUUUCACAAAAUUGAAGAUCCAUUUCCUGCAUGCCCAUGGCAAUUCCAUCAGACAUUGGUCAAUGUCAACACAGGCACCCGGAAUCUAUAUCAUGACCAAAGAGCAGAGGGUGAAUGUACCUAUCAGUUUUUCUGAAAAAGAUAUUACAGUUCUUCCGUUUAUCUGCUUCUUUAAAACACUUGCUAUUGCUUGCGAGGAAACUUUAUUAGUGCUGAAGGAGCUCAAACAAGAAUAUAAACCGAUUUUACGAUCAAAGGACAAGAAGCCACAAAAACUUUGCAGAAUUGUAAAUCCAAUGAUAAUUUGCUUAAAUGAAAGAAAGCAUACAAGUAUUGUAGCAGGGCAUGGUCCUAUGAGCAUGCCCAGCAGCCCAAUGCACGAUUAA